GAAUAUAUAAAAAAUUAUAUACAGAAUAGAAGAAAACCAGUGCCAGAAAACGAAAUCGAAACAGAUUCAACAGAAAAAAAAAGAGAAAAAAACGACGUCGAAUUCAACAGUUCCCUUCUUUCAACGUUUGUUUUUUUGUUUUCAAGAAGCGAAGAAUUACCUCUGUAUUGUUUGUUUUUCAUUUUCAAAUUGAAUGAUCGAAGACGAUGCCGAAGAAUUACUGACGAAUUAUAUAAUCCGACGAGAGUUUCAGUUAUAUGGCUCAGCAACAAUCCUCGCGUCUCAAUCGUUUACUCACUCUGUUGGACACUGGUUCAACGCAAGCGACGAGAUUCACUGCAGCGCGGCAGAUUGGUGAUAUCGCCAAAUCGCAUCCGCAGGAUUUGAGUUCUCUUCUCAAGAAGGUUUCUUCGUAUCUUCACAGUAAAAAUUGGGAAACGAGGGUUGCUGCUGCUCAUGCCAUAGGGGCUAUUGCUCAAAAUGUUAAGCACACUUCUCUGGCUGAUUUAUUCUCUUCUGUUGGAGCAAAGAUGACUGGGGCUGGGAUAUCUGCUAAUGUCAAAGAUGUGGUGGUAUCACCUGAGUUACAUUCUAAAAUUGUAUCAGGUGUUUCAUUUAGAAGCUUUGACAUCAACAAGGUGUUGGAGUUUGGUGCGUUAUUGGCCUCAGGUGGACAGGAGUAUGAUAUUGCGAAUGAUAACUUAAAGAAUCCUAAAGAGAGAUUGGCUCGCCAGAAACAGAAUCUAAAAAGACGUCUAGGUUUGGAUAUGUGUGAGCAGUUCAUGGAUGUCGGUGAUAUGAUUAGAGAUGAGGACCUUGUAGUUCACAAAUACCACCAAGGAAAUGGGUUAGAUAAUAGAUUUUACACGCCACCAUCUGUAAAUAACAUCCAGCAAUUUGUUUCACGUAUGGUACCUAAUGUUAUUUCUAAAAGAAGGCCAAGUGCUAGGGAGUUGAAUAUGUUAAAGCGAAAAGCUAAAAUAAAUUCGAAAGAUCAAGCAAAAGGCUGGUCUGAUGAUGGAGAUACAGAUUUAUCACCUGCUCAUAAUGUAUCAACUCCAAGAGGAGCAUGUCCUGAUCCAUUAGGUUCGAGUAAGUUUGAUGCUGUUACUGAUGAAGACAGCUCUGAUCAUGAUGGGGAUGGCCGUUGGCCUUUCCGUAGUUUUGUCGAGCAACUCAUUCUUGAUAUGUUUGAUCCUGUUUGGGAGAUUCGCCAUGGUAGUGUUAUGGCUUUGAGAGAAAUUUUAACACAUCAUGGUGGUUCUGCCGGAGUAUAUUUGCCUGACUUGAACUCAGAUGAUGCGCUGUUUCUUGAAGUAAAAGAUAUAGAAUAUCCAAUUAAAAUUAAGAGAGAGAGAGAAAUUGAUUUGAAUAUGCAAGUUUCACCAGAUGAAUUGGAGCCAAAUCUGAAGAAGCCAAAGAUUGAAGAUGAACCAUUUCUGGUGUUGGACAAAGUGUCCUCUGCAGGCCAGCAUGGUGGCUUUGAUGUUGCAAUUAAGAUCGAGGAUAGUGGGUGGACCUUUCCCUCAGGGCAGUUUAAUGGUCAACAUGAUAUUAGUUCUAUGAAGAUGGAGUCUGAAUUUUAUGACAAUGAUGUGAUGUACCAGUCUAAAGAAGCCGUUGUAGUGGAAGAGCCAAAAAGUUACUAUGAAGAUAAGGGUGCAUUUGCAAAUUCAGAUGUGUUAAAAGAUCUACCUGAAAAUUGCGAACUUAUCAACUUUGUUAAGCUAGCCAGGCAUUCCUGGCUUAAGAAUUGUGAAUUUCUUCAGGACUGUGCAGUUCGCUUCUUGUGUGUGCUAUCACUAGACCGUUUCGGAGACUACGUAUCUGAUCAGGUUGUUGCUCCAGUACGAGAAACUUGUGCACAAGCAUUAGGUGCUACUUUUAAGUACAUGCACCCUUCAUUAGUUCAUGAAACAUUGAAUGUCUUGCUGCAAAUGCAGCGUAGGCCAGAAUGGGAAAUUCGUCAUGGAAGCCUUUUGGGUAUCAAGUACUUGGUUGCUGUUCGACAGGAGAUGCUGCAAGAUUUGCUUGGCUAUGUUCUUCCUGCUUGUAAAGCUGGAUUGGAGGACCCUGAUGAUGAUGUACGAGCUGUGGCUGCAGAUGCUCUGAUACCUGCUGCAGAUGCUAUUGUUGCCUUAAAAGGUCAAUCACUGCAUUCAAUUGUUAUGCUGCUUUGGGAUAUACUACUUGAUUUGGAUGACCUUAGUCCAUCCACUAGCAGUGUUAUGAAUCUGUUGGCUGAAAUAUACUCCCAAGAGGAUAUGAUGCCCAAGAUGUUUGGGACACCAACAGCUAAAGAGAAGCAGAAUUUUGAUCUAAAUGAAGUAGUUGAUGUUGAAGAGGUUGGAGAAGCGAAAGAUUUGCAGGAAAAUCCGUAUAUGUUGUCUAUGUUAGCACCACGAUUAUGGCCCUUCAUGAGGCACAGUAUUACAUCAGUUCGACACUCAGCCAUUCGUACUUUGGAGAGGCUUCUUCAAGCUGGAUAUAAAAGGAGCAUUUCUGAGCCUUCUGGUAGUUCCUUUUGGCCAUCUUUUAUUCUGGGUGAUACCCUGAGGAUUGUAUUCCAGAACCUGCUCCUAGAAUCCAAUGAGGAAAUUCUUCAGUGUUCUGAGAGGGUAUGGAGGUUGCUUGUGCAGUGCCCAGUUGGGGACUUGGAAGUUGCCGCAGCAUCCUUUAUGUCAUCUUGGAUUGAACUUGCAACUACUUCUUAUGGUUCGACAUUAGAUGCUACAAAAAUGUUUUGGCCGGUUGCUCUUCCUCGAAAGAGUCACCAUAAAGCAGCAGCUAAAAUGAAAGCUGUGAAGCUUGAGAAUGAAUCUUAUGGAACUACUGGAUUGGAUUCUGUGAGAGGAGCUGUUUCUCAGGAAAAUAAUGGGGAUACUUCUUCCAACUUAGUGAAGAUAAUUGUCGGUGCUGAUGCAGAAAUGUCUGUGACUAAUACUAGAGUCAUUACUGCUUCAGCAUUGGGGAUAUUUGCAUCCAAGUUGCAGGCAAAUUCUUUGCAGUGUGUAGUUGAUCCAUUGUGGAAUGCACUUACCUCCUUGUCUGGAGUUCAAAGACAGGUGGCAUCUGUGGUUCUUAUUUCUUGGUUCAAAGAGAUCAAAAGCAGGGAUUCAUCAGGAAACCAGGAAAUUAUACAUUCUUUUCCAGAUCAUCUUAGAAAAUGGUUGUUGGAUUUGCUAGCAUGUUCUGACCCUGCAUUCCCUACUAAAGAUUCGGUUCUACCUUAUGCUGAGUUGUCAAGGACAUUUGCUAAGAUGCGCAAUGAAGCUAGUCAAUUACUACAUGCUGUUGAAUCAUCUGGCAUGUUUGUGGAUAUAUUGUCAACUAUGAAAGUUAACGUAGAAAGUGUAACUGUGGAUGAGGCGAUCAGUUUUGCUUCAAAAUUGUUGUUAUUAUCUAAUGAUAAUGCUGAGAAUGAAUCAAUGAAAAGGAAUAUUGAUGAUAUAGAGUCAGCAAAACAACGCCUUAUAGCAACUUCAGGCUAUUUAAAAUGCGUUCAGAGUAAUUUGCAUGUUACAGUGACCUCUUUGGUUGCUGCUGCUGUUGUCUGGAUGUCAGAGCUUCCUGCACGACUUAAUCCUAUAAUUUUGCCUUUGAUGGCCUCAAUUAAAAGAGAACAGGAGGAAAUACUGCAACAGAAGGCAGCAGAGGCACUUGCUGAACUUAUUUAUCAUUGCAUUGCUCGCAAGCCCAGCCCAAAUGAUAAGUUAAUAAAGAAUAUUUGUAGUUUGGCGUGCUCAGAUCCAUCUGAGACUCCUCAAGCUGCAGUUAUCAAUUCCAUGGAGAUUAUUGAUGACCAGGAUUUCCUCUCCUUUGGUACUAGUACGGGAAAACCAAAAUCAAAGGUUCACAUGCUAGCUGGUGCUGAAGAUCGAUCAAAAGUGGAAGGUUUUAUCAGCAGAAGAGGGUCAGAACUAGCAUUGAGACAUUUGUGUGAGAAGUUUGGUCCUACAUUGUUUGAGAAGCUUCCCAAAGUCUGGGAUUGCAUUACUGAAGUUCUUUUGCCUAGCAGUCCUUCAGAAGAUCAUCAAAUUGUGCAGGCUGUUGAAUCUGUCAAAGAUCCUCAGAUCUUGAUUAAUAAUAUCCAGGUUGUACGUUCUAUUGCUCCAGUACUGGAUGAAUCCUUAAAACCUAAACUGCUUAUGCUUCUUCCUUGCAUAUUCAAAUGCGUUAGUCAUUCCCAUGUGGCAGUUAGAUUGGCCGCGUCCAGGUGUAUUAUGACUAUGGCCAAGUCUAUGACUGUAAAUGUAAUGCGGGCUGUGAUUGAGAAUGCCAUUCCAAUGUUGGGGGAUGUGACGUCUGUCCAUGCCAGGCAAGGUGCCGGCAUGCUUAUUACUUUACUUGUUCAAGGAUUGAGUGUGGAGCUGGUUCCGUAUGCACCUUUGUUAGUUGUCCCUCUUCUUAGGUGUAUGAGUGAUUGUGAUCAUUCUGUCAGACAGAGUGUGACACGCAGUUUUGCUGCCCUGGUGCCUCUUCUUCCAUUAGCAAGAGGCCUUCCUCCACCUGUUGGACUGAGUGAAGGUUUAUCUAGAAAUGCAGAAGAUGCAAAAUUUUUGGAGCAACUGCUUGAUAAUUCCCACAUUGAUGAUUACAAGCUGUUCACUGAAUUGAAAGUGACACUGAGGAGGUAUCAACAAGAAGGUAUAAACUGGUUGGCCUUUCUAAAACGUUUCAAGCUUCAUGGGAUCUUGUGUGAUGAUAUGGGGCUUGGAAAGACGCUUCAAGCAUCAGCAAUUGUAGCAUCUGAGAUAGCUGAGUAUCGUGCUUCAAAUAAGGAUGUGGAUCCUCCUCCAUCCUUAAUUGUUUGUCCAUCAACCCUUGUUGGACACUGGGCUUUUGAAAUAGAAAAAUACAUUGAUGCUUCUCUGAUAUCCACUCUCCAAUAUGUUGGUUCUGUUCAGGAUCGUGUUGCUUUGAGAGAACAGUUUGAUAAGCAUAAUGUAGUUAUAACAUCAUAUGAUGUGGUGCGCAAGGAUGCUGAGUAUCUUGCACAAUUUCCCUGGAACUACUGUAUUUUAGAUGAAGGACAUAUCAUCAAAAGCGCUAAAUCUAAAAUAACAUUGGCAGUAAAGCAGCUGAAAGCUCAGCACAGGUUAAUUCUUAGUGGGACUCCCAUCCAGAACAAUAUCAUGGAUCUGUGGUCCCUUUUUGACUUUCUAAUGCCAGGAUUUCUUGGAACAGAGAGACAGUUCCAAGCCACCUACGGAAAGCCACUGCUGGCUGCUAGAGAUCCUAAAUGUUCUGCAAAGGAUGCUGAAGCUGGGGCACUUGCUAUGGAAGCAUUGCACAAACAGGUCAUGCCUUUCCUACUUCGUCGAACAAAAGAUGAGGUUUUGUCGGACUUGCCAGAGAAAAUCAUUCAGGACAGAUACUGUGACCUUAGCCCUGCCCAAUUAUUACUUUAUGAACAGUUCUCUGGUUCUCAUGUGAAACAAGAAAUUUCAAGCAUGGUAAAGACAGAUGAGUCUGGAGUUGCAGGAGGAGCAAAGCAGACUUCACCAAAGGCAUCUACACAUGUAUUUCAGGCACUGCAAUACUUGCUAAAACUUUGUAGCCAUCCCCUGCUUGUCGUUGGAGACAAGGUUCCAGAGUCACUUACAUCGCAGUUGUCAGAGCUUUUUCCAGCAAAUUCAGAUGUCAUUUCUGAACUUCGUAAACUCCACCACUCUCCCAAAUUAGUUGCUCUUCAGGAGAUUCUGGAAGAGUGUGGAAUUGGUGUGGAUACUUCUGCUUCUGAUGGCGCUGUCACAGUUGGGCAGCACAGAGUUCUAAUAUUUGCUCAACAUAAAGCGUUACUGGAUAUUAUUGAAAAGGACUUGUUUCACACCCACAUGAAGAAUGUCACAUAUCUACGACUGGAUGGAUCAGUUGAACCAGAAAAGCGUUUUGACAUUGUGAAAGCUUUCAAUUCUGAUCCAACUAUAGAUGCCCUGCUGCUUACAACACACGUUGGUGGUCUUGGUCUGAACUUGACUUCUGCUGAUACCCUCAUUUUCAUGGAACAUGAUUGGAAUCCAAUGCGUGAUCAUCAGGCAAUGGACAGAGCACAUAGAUUAGGCCAACGGAAAGUUGUUAAUGUCCACCGUCUCAUCAUGCGUGGUACCCUGGAAGAAAAAGUUAUGAGCCUCCAACGGUUCAAACUAUCAGUUGCCAAUGCUGUUAUCAAUGCCGAGAAUGCCAGUUUGAAAACCAUGAACACUGACCAGUUGCUCGAUCUAUUUGCCUCUGCCGAAACAUCUAAAAAGGGAGCUACUGCCUCAAAACGUUCAGAUAGUGGUAUCGAUGGAGACCCGAAAUUAAUGGGUACAGGGAAGGGAUUAAAAGCCAUUCUUGGUGGCUUGGAGGAGCUUUGGGAUCAAUCACAAUAUACUGAGGAGUACAAUUUGAGCCAGUUUUUAGCAAAACUUAAUGGCUGAAUUCGAGCUGUUUAAAGACAUGGUUGCGGUAGUAUGCCUAAAGAUUAUAUUACUGAAGCACCACACGGGUUUUUGGAUCACGGCGUGCUAGACUUUGAUUCCGGCCAGUUCAUAUUGAAGCUAACUGAUUGAAGCCAGCUGCUCGUCUGUAAAAAAAAUGUAUAUAUAUAUCUAAUUAGGACCUGCAAUUUUGGCAAAAUUUAGGUUUAGCUUUCAAUUUUUUAAUAUAUUUUUACCCAAAUUUUGGGAUGCUUUUGCCAAAA